AUGCCUACUGUGGAUGUACCCGAAAUCCGUGUAAAAACGGCUUUCAAUGGGGAAGUUAUGAUUACUUAUAUAGAUCCAAAAAUAACUGUCGAGCAACUGCGAUACGAAAUGAUGGUUAUUUGUCGGUUUUCAUCUGAUCAAGAUUUCACAAUGAAAUGGGUUGAUGAAGAAGGGGAUCCGUGUAUAUUAUCUACUCAAAUGGAAUUAGAUGAAGCCGUACGAUUAUACGAACUCAAUAAAGAUUCCGAAUUAACGAUACACGUUUUUCCUAAUGUACCACAAGCACCAGGGAUGCCUUGUCAAGGAGAAGAUCGUAGUAUAUACAGACGUGGGGCCAGAAGGUGGAGAAAAUUAUAUCGUGUGAAUGGACAUAUUUUUCAACCUAAAAGGUUUAACAGGCGAGCAUUUUGUGCAUACUGUCAUGAUCGAAUUUGGGGAUUAGGACGGCAAGGAUUCAAAUGUAUUCAAUGCAAAUUGCUUAUCCAUAAAAAAUGUCAUAAGCUAGGUAAAAAAACUUGCACCAAUGAUCCUAUAGGUAAUGAAGACACCAAUGGUGACUCACAGACGUCUCUAAGUACACCUAGCUCUGAUACUGCUUUACCGGAUUUAAAAGAAUAUUCUGAUCAAAAUUCUGUUAUUGAUCAAUCAGCUGAUUCUGUACCCAUUGAAGAUCCACAAGCUAAAACAGGUGAUGAAGAUGUUGGAGUUUCACGUCAAUAUUCUAUUGCCGACUUUGAGCUAAUUAGGGUUAUUGGUCGUGGAAGUUAUGCGAAGGUGUUAAUGGUUGAACUCAAAAAAACAAAAUGCAUCUAUGCUAUGAAAGUUAUAAAAAAAGCACUUGUUACAGAUGAUGAAGAUAUUGAUUGGGUACAAACAGAAAAACAUGUUUUUGAGACUGCCUCUAACCAUCCAUUUUUGGUUGGUCUCCAUUCUUGCUUCCAAACUGCCAGCCGAUUAUUUUUUGUGAUUGAAUUUGUUCGUGGAGGUGACUUAAUGUUUCAUAUGCAAAGGCAAAGACGACUGCCUGAAGAACAUGCUAGAUUUUAUGCAGCAGAAAUUAGUUUAGCUUUGAAUUUUUUGCAUACUAAAGGUAUAAUAUAUCGAGAUUUAAAAUUGGAUAAUGUACUACUUGAUCAUGAGGGCCAUAUAAAAUUGACAGAUUAUGGAAUGUGUAAAGAAGGAAUAAGGCCUGGAGAUACAACUUGUACAUUCUGCGGUACUCCAAAUUACAUUGCUCCAGAAAUUUUAAGAGGAGAAGAUUAUGGAUUUAGUGUGGAUUGGUGGGCUUUAGGUGUUCUUUUGUAUGAAAUGUUGGCUGGCAGAAGUCCAUUUGAUAUUGCUGGAGCGUCAGAAAAUCCUGAUCAAAAUACUGAAGACUAUCUAUUCCAAGUUAUUUUGGAAAAAACUAUUCGUAUUCCAAGAUCACUUUCCGUUAAAGCAGCGUCAGUUUUGAAAGGAUUUUUGAAUAAGAAUCCUGUGGAUCGUUUGGGUUGCAAUCGAGACACUGGCUUCUAUGAUAUUAUAACUCACCCAUUCUUUAAAUCUAUUGAUUGGGAAAUGUUAGAACAAAAGCAAGUUAGUCCUCCAUAUAAACCACGUCUAGAUUCUGAUCGUGAUCUUGCCAAUUUCCCACCAGAAUUUACGGAUGAACCUGUUCACUUAACACCUGAUGACCUGCGUGUCAUCGAGAAAAUCGAUCAGUCCGAAUUCGAGGGUUUUGAAUACGUGAACCCGUUGCUGAUGUCACAAGAGGACAACGUGUGA